CUCUUUUUAGAAAAGUUUGGCGAACGCGAUUCCAGACUGAUUGCUCAUCACCUGGUGCCAUCCUUCACUCCGUGACCCUCACACACACAUUUUACACGCGCCUCAGCCUGCUCGCCACAUUCGAUAACCCUUCCUGCCCAUUUUGCAGAACCAACUACCCCGCCAUGGCCCCCUCUCGCGUGCUCAUCUGCGCCCCGCCUUCGAUUUCCUCCCACCCAGAACGUUUGGACAGGCUUUUCGAGGCCCAUGAUCGGUCCUAUACAGAUCUCCAGAUGCUGGAUCGCAUCGCGGCCGGUCUGGUCAAUCUGCCCGCCUCUACAUACGAUCUUGUCCUCCUCCUCACCGACGCCGAUGGCACCUCGCGCGAGAGUCACAAACUACUGGCAAGAGAUGUCAUGAACAACAUUGUUAGCGCCUUGAGGGUCGGAGGAGUGCUCAAGAGCGAGGCUGGCGCUUUGCAAGGCUCAGAGAAGACAGAAGCAAUCUUAGCGGGCCUCACUGAGACGGCGGAUGGCAUGUUGAAGCCAGCGCCAGAGGAACCUGUCUCGAUACCUCUGAAGUUUGGCAAGAAGAAGACGAAUGGCAUAAACGGCAUGAAUGGUACGAAUGGUGUGAACGGUAUGAAUGGCUUAGUAAACCCAGACGGCUCAGUACCUCUCAAUCUAAACGGCAAGCGCAACAAGCCGGAACCCGUCAAGCCUAUUGGUGUGGGCUUUGUCGACUUCAGCGACGACCUAGACGACCCAAUCAUAACAGGCGAAGACGACGACCUUAUCGACGAGGACGAUCUCAUCACAGAAGAGGACAUGGCACGGCCAAUCAUUCAACCACCGGAGUGCCGCCCCAAAGCCGGAAAGCGACGACGCGCCUGCAAAGAUUGUACGUGCGGAAUGAAGGAGAAAAUCGAAGCCGAGGACGCCGCCAAACGCUCCGCCGCCGACAAAGCGCUCAAUUCCCUCAAGCUCGACGAAGAUGAUCUCGCCGAGGUCGACUUUACCAUACAAGGCAAGGUUGGUAGCUGUGGGAAUUGCGCGCUGGGAGACGCGUUUAGAUGUGAUGGGUGUCCGUAUAUUGGGCUGCCGGCGUUCAAGCCUGGCGAGGAGGUGCGGUUGCUGAACAAUGAUAUCCAGCUUUAAACUUCAGGACGAGGAUAUAUUUUAUAACGGAUAUUGGUUGAAGGCGCUACUAGGGUACUCUGACUCGGGAGUUUGUAGAUAAAUGGGCUGCUACAUGGUAUUGGUGCAUAGUAUUGGCGUCGUGUUCUUGGAAUGAUCAAUGAAGUCAUGAUUGAAGAUAUCUACUUUGGUCCCGAGAUGCCGAACAUGUUUCCCUGAAUUAAUCCAGUUCAACACAAUUUGUCUCCGCCUAGAUGAAAACUUUGUCUUCCUUUCCUUGUUUAUCCCAAUAGCCCCCACUAACCCACCUACUCCCUCUUCCCACAAUGCCCUUCAAGCUCCCCC